CUUCAGGUGUGUGAGCUUGUCACACAGCUGAACGGUGAUUUUAUUACACCACAUAAGAAACUAAGAAAGGAGCAACUCUUUUAGUGGCUGAUGUAUGUGAGGCUUCUCUACUGAGCAAGUUGCUGCUUCAUACACAGAUUAAGAUAUAUGUAGCUAUAUAUGUUUUAUUUUUAUUGGUGUAAAAGCAUUCCAAAUCACCAGCAGCAAAAAUGUUUGCUUAAGUUGCCUUGCUUCCAGUUUGUCUUGUCAGUUUUAUGGUUUGUUUCUAUAACGGUAGGAUCACCCUACACAUGUUUUAUUCUCUGUAGAGGUUUUUAAACGGACAGGUUUGAGUUUGCUCUGUCGGGUUUGGUAAGAUAGAGGGUUAGAAAGUGUUUAGCCAUGAAGGAGGAGAUUGCUGCUGCUGUGUUUUUUGUUGCUCGGCUGGUUAAGAGAUACGGAUGUCUGGAUAAUGACAGCAGGGAGCGCUUCGCCUCUGCCCUCACCGCCGUUCUGUUUGAGAACUACAAGAACCACUGGCACCCAGGUGCACCCACCAAAGGACAGGCCUACAGGUGUCUCCGAAUGAACCGUGUGCGGCUGCAGGACCCGGUGCUGCAGCAGGCCUGCGAGCGGAGCAUGGUGCGGUACGAGGAUCUGGGCCUUCCCCAGGAGCUGACGGUGUGGGUUGAUCCUGGAGAGGUGUCCUGCAGGUAUGGUGAACAAAGCACUCCAUUCUGCGUCUCGGUGGUGGACAGCUGUCGGCGUGGGGAUGGGGAAUUUUCCCGCCGCAUCCAUGACGCCGUGGAGCGGGCCAGCCUUGACGUCCAACCGGGAAGCUCUUCAGAUGAGGAAGAGGGGGGCAUAGACAACAGCAUGAGUACUAGCAUAAGUUACAUGAGUAGCAGCAACCUAUCUGCUCUCUGUCCUGCUCCAGUCCCGACCACAAACCCUGAGCCCAAAACCAUCCCAACUGUGAGCAACCCCAACAGUGUCUACCGGUUCAGUGAGUAUUCUCCGGGCGCUCCUCAGACCUGGCUUAGGGAGAAGCAGAAAGCCUUCGCUGGGGAGGUUUUCCCACCUCUGCCUCCCCCAGUUGGAGGGCCCACCUCCCAGUUCUCAAGCCAGAAAGGCUUCAAGUCGUAUGGAGCCACGUUCACCUUCACUGGGCCGCGUGUUGACAAGUACCACUGGGUCAGCCAAUCCCGAUCCUAGAGUGAGCCCAAACUUCGUCCUAGAACCAGAAGUGGGUUACUGCUUGGGAUGGAAGCAGGAACAGCUGCUGUGACCGAAACAGUUU